AUGCCGCCACCGCGUUUAUAUCCCCUCACUCGCCUCUGCACAAAGACCCUGAAAGCGCCUAGUCGAGCCUUCACCGCACCCCUCGUCCACCCCGCGCUGCACCCCCUGCGCCAGCUGCACUCGUCACGGCCAUACUCAGCCAUGUCGGAGCUCUCCCAGUACACUGCUAAGAGCAGCAAAAGCACAACCAAUGGCACAAGUCACAAUGGCAAUGCCUGGGGCGGCGAGCACAACCCAGCGGCCUUUGACUUCCGCUCCGAUGUGCACACCACACCGACCAUGUCGAUGCUGAAAGCCAUCCAGGAGUGCACCCUGCUCGACGACGUCACCAUGGAAGACCCGACCACACUGUCGCUCGAGCGAUUCGUUGCCGAUCUCAGCGGGAAGGAGGAGGCUCUCCUGGUGCUCUCCGGCACCAUGGGCAACCAGGUGGCAUUCCGAGCACACCUUACCACCCCUCCACACGCCGUCAUCGUCGAUCGACGUGGCCAUAUCAUCAACUACGAGGCGGGCGGUGUAGCGACACUGAGCCAGGCCAUGGUGCAACCGCUGGAUGCGAAGAACGGGACAUACCUCACACUGGAAGAUAUCCAAAAGUACGCUGUCAUCUCCGAUGACGUCCAUGCCUGCCCUACACGCCUCAUAUCGCUCGAAAACACGCUCAAUGGCGCGAUUAUGCCUCUGUCCGAGGUCAAGCGCAUAUCAGCUUGGGCGCGCGAGCACGACAUCAUAAUGCACUUGGACGGUGCGCGUCUGUGGGAAGCUGUAGCUGCAGGUGCCGGUUCUCUCAAAGACUACUGCGCCGAGUUCGAUAGCAUAAGCCUGUGCAUAAGCAAGGGCCUCGGCGCGCCGAUUGGUAGCAUCCUCGUUGGUACGAAGGAGUUCAUCAAGCGGAGCCGCUGGAUCCGCAAGUCCAUUGGUGGAGGUUUGCGGCAAGCCGGUGUUGUUGCGGCUCCCAUGCGCGUUGCCAUUGAGGAGACAUUCCUCGGUGGCAAGCUCACCCAAUCUCACGAGAACGCGAAGAAGAUUGCGAGCAUUUGGACAGAUCUUGGAGGCAAGCUGCAAUACCCCGUAGACACCAACAUGGUUUGGCUAGAUCUGGACGCGCAUCAUGUUGACAUCAACAACUUUAUCGAGCUAGCGGAGAAGUACGGCGUAAGGGUGCGCGGUGGUCGGUUUGUGGUGCAUUACCAGAUUGGCGAGGAAGCGAUCGAAGCGCUGCGAAAGGUAUUCACCGAAGUGUUGACUGGUAAGGAAUCGGCAGGGAAGAAAGCCGAAGCCCCGCAUGAUCCCGAAGACCUUAAGAUGAAGGGAAAGGGCGUGGAGUAG